UGUAGCCGGCAGCCAAUGCGAUAUACACAUGUAUUUUUUGUAACUAAAAUAUUGUGUCUAUUUCUGCUAAGUGAUGUUUAAUCUCUUAACAAAAGAUACAGCUUUAAAUGGCAAACAAAUGAUAGUGAAAUAACAGCAAUUUACUGACUGUCAAUAAUCGGAUGUGUGAAUAACCGUUGAUAUGGAUGAAAAGGAUUGGGGUACAUUUAUAAUUAAAGGGUAGGAAAUACUGAACGUUUUCGAGAAUACUAUAAAUGCAAGUAUGCAACUAUCACCUUAGCAUACUAAAUACGUUCACUUGCGACUUCACUUUCGCAUUGUUUCCAAAUAGCACAAUAAACCAUUUAACUUUGUAUAAAUGCAUCAUAAAAUUGAAAAAAUAAAUCUAUAGUUUAACGAAAGACUUGAAGAACGUAAAACAUUUUAAAAAUGUUUUAUAUGCACUCUAAGGGACUAGCUUUCUCUUGAUGUUCCAACGAAUGUAUAAAGAAUGCAUUUCAUUUCGGAAUGAUAUUAUUAAUCAACAACAGCUUGGUACUAUACAGUCGAGUAGAUGUGCAUAAUACAUACAGCAGCCUGUUAUGAUCUCAGCCUCAUCCGAGCGGAAAUGGUCAAAAAGCAAAGCAGAAAAUAAAGGAACAUCGAAAAAUAUCUUAGUAUAAUGCUUGUAUCGAAAAGGAAUUUAUAUGAACAGCUAUUAUAGCAUAGAAGUGUUUCAGUUUUCUUGUUAAAAUACAAAGAGUUAACAUAGUUGCACAUGGCUUUGUUUUUUCGCUCCGAAGUUAAACAAUGGAUUUAUGGAUUAUUGUUCAUCAGCAUUAUAUUACUUAUAUUGCUGUGGCUAAAAAGCAAAGCAACUGAUGAUUUUAACUUGGCACUAUCAGCUGCAAUUUCACGGCCAAAUAUAUUGACAUUAGAAACGUCUGAAGACAAUACAAAGCAACAUCAAACAUCCAUAAGUGGUACUGAAAGACCGCUAGUAGUCCAGGAAAUAUGUCGGACAUUUAAAGUUACUAAUAUAUCGAGUAAUUGGCAAUUGCGAGGAAAAUUUCUCAUAGAUCGUUCUCUUUAUUACUGCAAUAUUCCUAAAUGCGGAUCAACCUUCAUGGACCUUUUCCUGUUAAAGAUUUUUCAAUGUAAUGGAUUGUGUGACGAAAUAUUUAUAACGUCAAAUGAACUGCGAAAUAAAACUCUACAUAUGAUUGGUUCUUCAUAUUCUUUUAUGUUCGUAAGAGACCCGUACGCAAGAUUAUUUUCUGCGUAUGAGAAUAAACUGUUCCUGCCAAACGAACACUGGGCAAUAAUAGGAAAAGACGUUAUCGAAAAAGUAAGACCUCAUGCAUCUUUUGUCAGCAAGGAAUUAGGUCAUGACGUCACGUUCCUUGAUUUAGUUAAAUAUGUGCUGAAAUUGUACGAACGUGGAAUUAGACUAAACAAUCAUUUUGUCCCCAUGCACAUGCAUUGUGGCCCUUGUGAGAUCAGAUAUAAUUUCAUAGGAAAACUGGAAACAAUGUCCAAUGAUCUUGUUGAUUUAGUUGAAGACUGGAAAACGAAAGGCAUAGUUUCUAAGAAUAUGUCAUCAGCAAAAGAAAUAGAAGCAAAUAUACUGUAUGAACGUUCUUUUGGACCAUACAAACACAUGUUUACUAUUUUAAAGAAGUAUGGGAAAAUUCUUUCAAGAUACAAAGCGUUUCAAAGAACUUGGUCAAGCUAUCAGAUUCGAGGACUUAUUCUCAAGAAAUACAACAUGCCCUUUGCUGAAAAUGAAGUUGCAAAAAUAAAUCAUAUUAGAUUUGGAGAUGAAAUUAAAAAGGCUUUGGAUGCAAGCAUGGGGCAUGUAGACGAACUGAAAGCUCAAAGGAAAGAAGCACUUAUCCAAGCUUAUAAAACAGUGCCGAUGAAUCUCAUGAUGAAACUCAGAGAAUUUAUGAAACCAGAUUGUUUAUUGUUUGGUUACGAUGUUAUGCCAGAAUUUUUAUUUAACAGAACCAGUUUGCCAAGUUCAGACGGUUUUGAUUAUUUUAAAGGUUUAUAGCACGACGUGGCAAUUUUCUGCGGAUUAUAUAUUAUUUUGGUUUGAUUAUGUUUAAUGAAUAUGAUACAUUUUAGAAUUAAAAUACACUUGUUAUAGUAUGAUAUAGUUAAGAACUGAAAAUAUACUCAUCUGGAAAAUGAAUGGUACGUACUGGUGUACCUUUGUAUUUCAAUAAUUUGGACGGAGUUAGAUUUUGUUUCCUCAAAAAUGAAUUGUUCUGAUAUUGACAAGAACAACGGAGAAAAAAAAAUCAGAGUAAAAUGUGCAAUCCAUUUGAAGGUUUACACUAAACUAUGAAACGUCAGUCAUUACGCUGUAUAUAACGUUUCUUCUUCAUUUAAUACAUAUAAUGUUUAUUUGAAUUUUUGGUCUUUGUUAUGAAGUGAGAAAGAAAGAAUUUCGGGAAACACUUGUCUACUGCAUUUAAAGUGAUCAUAUUACUACUACUACUAUAUACAUACUAUAUUAUAAUAAUAUUUAGAACUUCAAAACUAAAGCUAAAACAUAAUGUAAUGUUAAUACAAAUUUGUUAUGUUUCAAUGUUUUGUGUUUCUAAUUAGUCAUGGGUCCCAACACCAUCGUAAAAAUCUUACUAACCACUUCAGAUUUCUAUAUUGUCUAAUUGUUCAGUAGAUACCGUUAGGAGUAAAUCAUUUACAGAUUUUGUGUGCCAGUUGUUGUUAAAAAUGGGGUGCAAGCAAGCAAACAAUUGUCUGGUUUCUUUAUUUUAUUAUUUGAAUUUCAAGUGUAUUUUGCUCAAGAAUAAACAUUUUCUUUACUUAUUUUUGCCUUGCCCAAGAACGCACAUUUAUUUUACUUAUUUUCGAAGUUCUUUAUAGUGACUUCCCAAUUGUACAAAAAUGCGGGUUUUUUGAAAGAAGCCAUGUAAUUCAUCCAGUUUUCAAAGCUUGCGAUAGACAAUAUAUUCGUUUGAUAAGGUUUUGAGUAAGUCAUUCAUAUAUGUUGAUUAAUAAGCAAAUACAUGUUAACUGACACGUCUAAGCAACUGUUUUCUGCACAAAAAUAUUUCAAAGUACUAACGAUUUUCUAGGCAGUGUGUGUGUGUAUUCGAGUUUAACGUCGUUCUCAACAAUUUUUCAGUAAUAUGAACGAAGGUAUUUUCUAGGCAGGCACAACUAAUAGAUACAAAUAAUAAAAGUCCAAAUGCGUUUCCUUACAUGAAAUUAUAUUCGGCUGAUGCAUUAUCCCUUACCCUGCUAAAAAUGUAUAAUGAACUUGUCCAUCUUUCAAUUUGGACAGUACCAUCAACUGUUAAAAUGAGUGCAUACCAAAAAGAUACUGACUGAAUAGCGAACAGUGCAGAUCUUGAGUAGAUUGUACGGAUGUGCAGGCUGAUCAUGAUCUACAAGGUCGAUUUGCAUAGCUCUCGCUUAACAAGAUUAUCAAGUCAUAAUCAUGGAAAAAAAUAAAUAGAUCUGAAUAUGCCUUAUCUAUACGAUCGUUGUUUAUUUCAAAGAACAAAACAUUGAUAAAUCUAUUUCAUGUUUUACCGCAAUCUAAAUAUAUGUACCUAGAUUUGACAUCUUCUUGUUUUUAUUGGGUUGCAUUUUUCUGGUGUU